UUCGCUGGAGUAAAAAAAAAUGUAAUCACAAAUAGUCGAGUAUGGUCCAAAUGGUGAAUACAGAACUAUGAAACUGUAAAAUCGAAGGAAUGCAGACAAUAGUAACAACGUAGUGCUAGAGGAUUACGCAUCGUCACAGAAGAUAUGUUCAACAGACAUCGUAAAUGUUAUUUACUGUUACUGACGACAAACACUCUCAUUUUCGUCACAUUACUUUUAUAUUCUUCAUUCUAUUCUCAGCGACAAAAUUUGAUAGAAGCUCUCUCCAUCUCAGUUUUAAACGCAAAGGAUGAAACAGUUUCCAAACUUUUUUCGUCUUACCAAGAGACGAUGCAAGUUAUUCCAGAAAAGUGUGAAAAAGAAGUAGAAUUACUCAUACUGGUUCCGAGUUCAGCGUGGAAUUUUGAGCACAGGGAUGCAAUAAGGACAACAUGGGGACAUAUCAACAGUACUGAUGCCAAGACGAGGCUGGUGUUUCUGACGGGGAAGGUUCAUAAUAUCACAAUUCAAAGAAAGCUGAAGAAAGAAAGAAAACUUCAUAAAGAUUUGGUGCAAGAGAACUUCCAGGAAUCUUAUGACAAUUUAACCAACAAGUCUGUGGCAUUGAUAAAAUGGGCAAAUUUAAAUUGUCCAGUUGUCAAAUAUGUCUUAAAAGCAGACGAUGAUAUGUUCAUAAAUAUUCAAAAUUUAGUCAAAUUGUUACGGAGAAUGGAACCCAAAAAUUCCAUACUUGGAGUAAAAAAUUCGCAUUCCGUGCCAUUUCGAGACCCAGGAUCAAAAUGGUAUGUUUCAAAGAAACAAUAUCCGAAAGACAAGUAUCCACCUUAUAUUAGUGGGACGGCAUACGUCAUCACAGGUGAUAUCAUAACAACCUUAUUUAACGCAACAAAGUACCUACCGUCAUUAUUUAUAGAAGAUGUUUAUAUCACUGGGAUUUGUAGAGAAGCAAUAGGUGCUAAGGCUGUUCACAUAGCUGGCUUUGAUUCAGGAAGGAGUAGUGUCAAAAUCGACGGGACAAACUUUAGGGAUAGGAUAACCGGACAUCAUUUUUCUCCACAAGAUGUAAAACAGAUGUGGAUUGAACUCAAUGAGGCUUCAUCUGUACCGUCCAGAAAUAAUCGGUGAAUUUUAUGUUAACCUUGAACUUCAAUAUUCAGAGGGAGGAAAAAUAUGGUGAAAACGACGUUUUUUUCUUGGAGUUUUAAAUGUUUGUUUCAGUAAAACUACAAGUGAAUGAUUUGGUUGUAAACAUAAAAAAUGAAAAAAGUAGGCAUUUUUAAAGAUAACAACAUGGGCUAACGGUGCAUUUAUUGUAAAAUUUGCUGAUCUUCUUUAAAUUAUCAAGUUUAAAAUAUAGAUUUUGUCAGUUUAA